AUGAAUAGUAGUACACUUGAUCCACAACAGGACGCACAAUUAUACGUGUCUACAGUGAAGCUGUUUGUAUCUUAUUCGGAAGAUCAAUUGGCUGAUCAACUAAAUAUUGUCAAAGCGGCCACUUCAAAAAGCAAACCUUACUACAACACCACACACAAUCUUUUGAAUAUAUUGCUAGUGAACACAUAUCCAGGAACAAUACCAUAUCCAUCCAUCUACAACCUAGCGGAGCUCAUUUUAAGCGAUUCUGAGCCAGUUGAAGAAGUGACAUUUAACGAAUUCUUCGCCAUACCGAAUGAAACAUCACUCAUAGCUACAGCAAAUGAUUUAUUGCACGACAUAAAUGCAAGAGCCCAGUCUCUAGGUUUCAACUACAGCAGCAACUUAUCCAACACCGAAAACUUGCUUCAUUUCCUCCAGGCAAAAACAUUACACUUGAGCCAGUUUCAUAAUGUCGUUGACGAAAUCGAUGGCCUUUUCGAAAAUGCCCAUUUUGAUGAACUUCGAAGGUGGUAUAAGGGAAUAAUAAGACCUUAUGGUUACUACUGGAUUCACUAUGGUAUGGUCUAUCAAUCUACCCAUGCGUCAUUUCAAGAUUACUUGAGAGCAAGAACUCUAAGCGCCAAAUUUGGUAUCUUUAUUGCUCCAUUAAGUUCGAAUGAAAUUAGAGGAAUCGGGACUUGGUUCAAAUCGACAAUACUACCACUUUUGGAGUAUUUUGAUUUUGAUUUGACCAUUUUGAAAGACUGGAUGUUUCAUGAAGAGCAUAAAGGGUCCGUGUUUAGGAAAUAUGAGCUUUGGCAUGAGACAAUAAAGUUGCUAACUGAGAAGGUAGACCUGUCAAAAUUGGAUGACAUCACCAAGGAGUACCUUGCAUCGUGUUACUAUUACGCUUUUAACGGCGAAUCGUCAACGGUUUCCUCGAUUGAGUUGACAAAGAUUUAUGACAUUAUUAUUGAAACGUUGUCUUAUUUCCCCACCCAUAGUUCUCCUACGCCCGACCUCAAUCUCAAGGAAAUAUUGCAUUUUGACAAAUUUGAAGCAUUUUUACAUGACAGCAAUCCCUUGUCCCCAUUGUUCGAUCCAAGCCAAACGGAAUUCUUGAGUCAAGCAUUGAAAAUUUGUCAAAGAUUGUACCCGUUAAAUAAGCUUACAUUGGAAAAGUACCUCCAGUACAAGUUUGGCAUUGGCACAGUGGACUUUCAGAAGGAGGUGACUGUUAUCACGUCAAGUAUAUCCGCUUCAAAUUGGGAACAGUUGAUACACUUGGUACGUGUCUUUGAGAAUGAGUUUAUAACCUCGGAACAAAAGCCUGCCGUCGAUUCGGUGCUAUUAGAAAGACUAUUGUCUGCAAACUUGUAUCAGGUUAUCGACACUCUCUUUGAGGAAGAGUACUUCCAAUUGACUAGACAAGAGCUUUACGACUUGGUCUUUGAGACAUUUUGGGAUAGGCUAAAUCAGGCGACCAACUUUAAUGAGAGUAUUGGCUCGUUGCACCACGCUAAGCAACUUCUCGAGUUUCUUCAAAAGCUAUCACGUUCUGAUGGAUUGAAUGAAAAGAGCCACAAAGGCAUGGUUCGCUUUAAGCAUCUAUUCCGGGCCAUGAAUUCCAUGAAAAACUUUAAAUUGGUUUAUGAUAAGAAGAAACCCUUCACGCCAAAGGAUUUGCUACAAUUUUCAGCUGACAGUAACCAAGGAUACGAACAAAAGUGUAUACAGUUGAUAAUGGUGAUCCUCGAGCAUAACCCGAAAUCAUAUCUUGCGUUUGAAAAGCUAUUUCGUAUUUUAAACGACUUGUUGUUGUAUUUCAAUGAAGAGGAUGGCGAGAAGUCUGAUACGAGUGGAUGUUUCAAUCGAUUGAAAAGUGCUUGCAUUGAGAGUGCACUUAUUGAUAAUAACUUUCAAUACGCAUAUAAACAAAGUAUGGAGUUGAUCGAUCAUUUUGCAAAGUCUCCAAACAUUGAAGAAUUCUGGCUAACUUUCUACCAAGUGGGAAAGUACGUGUCGCCAAAUUGGGCAGAUGAUGAUUCUGAAUCUAACCGCUUGGAAACUUUAAUAAAGCAAAGAGAAGUCUUGUCGCGGACUUUGGAAAAGAUUGAUUGUGACGGCCAUGUUAAGAUAAUCUUGGACCAGUGGAAUAAGCUUAACGAAAAAAUCGAGAAAGAGUUUCUGACUACUGAUGUGCUCAAAAUUGCUGGUUUCGAGCCAAAGAAUGAUUACAAUGGACCACCACUUAGCCAGGUUGAACGGAAUAUAGCUAGGCUUCCAGACAAGGCGGGUGAAAAGAUCUCUAAUUUGUUUGUCUCCGGAUUAGGUUGGGCAAUAGGUGCAAAUAAAUAG